AUGAAUCAAGAUGAUUUGAUUAAAUUUUACAAGCGCAUAAUUCCAUUCGAAUUGUUUGGAUCACAACUGAAUAACGACAUGUUUUACAAUUUAUUAACGAUUAUUGCUACAAGAGCGACUCACGAGUGUGUUUUGACUCAAUCUAUUUCUUCAGGAUAUGAUCCAAACGCUAUAGAUUGGUUGCACGACGUCAUUCCGAACAAGAGGAAAGCUAUGUUACAUAUGGGAUUAAGAGUUUUGAUAGAAAUUAUUGUAUAUCCCACGUUUAAUAAAAUGUUUCAUCCAGUACGCAUGGGUCAAUAUUACGAAAUACGCUUUGCGGAGAGAGUCAAAUGGAGCAACUACCUAGCAAAAGUGCGAAAUUUUUUAGUUAAAAGUAAGAGUAUAGUGGCUGUUGAGCGAAAGCUUGUAGUGAAGCCCAGAGGAGUUUUGUAUAUUAGGCCGAGAGGUGAUCUAACAAAUAUAAUAGAUUUUAGACCUUAUGUUGUAUUUAACUCAAAAUUGAAUGUAAUGAGUACUAUUUAUAAGAAAACUGUCACGAAAUCCUUAUACCAAUACGCCGAGUCUCUAACUUUCGUAAAAAGAACUCAUUUUGGGAAACACUGGCAGAAAUAUAUAAGGAUAGUCGGAGAUUCCAAACUUUUUGCUACAAAAUUGGACUUAAUGGAUUGUUUUUCUAACAUAAGUGUAGACAUCUUAAUCGAUAUCUUGAAUGAUGCUGACGUUAAAUAUCUUUCGAAAAAUAUGAAAGAGAAACUCAAAUUUUAUGUAAAACACCAAUACGUCAUGUUCGGCAAUAGGUUGUGGCUGUGGAAAAGAGGUCUGCUGCAAGGCGAUCGAUUUUCAUCAGGAUUGUGCGAGGUGUAUUUUGCCAAACUGGACAGUGUAAACUUGAGAGAAUUUAAUAAAACCAACUGCUUCCUGCAUAAAACUGUAGAUGACUAUUUCUUCUGUUCCACCAAAGAAGAAGACGUUGCUAAUUUCAAACAGAUUUUAACCUCGUACGCAAUGAUCAAUACAACUAAGAUAGAAGACAAUCGAAUCACCAUAACGUAUUGUAAUUUUAAAAUAAAUUUAAACCACAGGCACGUAUCGAAUUACUACAGAUUUCCUAAGGACACACAUAUCCAUUGCAAAUACAAAUUGUGGAACGUUAACGCACAAUUGUCGCAAUUGGGACUAUUAACAAAAUCGCUAUUUUUUGCCUACAACAAUAAUAAUUUUAACGCGACGGCGCUUAAUACGAGUUAUAACAAUGACCAGACGAUUUUGCGAAAUUACUACGAAGCAAUGGUUUUGUUGGCCUUUAAAUUUGAUGCCAUGAUAAUGGGAAUCUCUUUGGGGAAGCCGUCCAUGAGUUAUAAAAGCGAACAUUUCGAAAGACACAUAUUCUCCACGGUCCAUUACUAUUCAAAAAAGUUGAUACCAUCUAUUCCGAGGCGAGUUAAAGAGAAAAUCGCUUACUUCGCUUUCUUAGUCGUGUUAGAACGACGAAAAAAUAAAUUGUACCGUGAAAUGGUUAGCCAUUUAAAAUUAUUGAUAAAUAAAUUGUAUACUUCCCAGUUUAAUAUGAGCUAUUACAAGCAGUUGCCAGAAUGCUUUAAAAAUAUCUCAUUGCGAAGAGAAUUUAAACCACUCGUUUAG